UUUUCCAGAAACCCGUCAGGAAGGAGAAAAACAAAACAAACCCGAGAGAGCUGUAAAACCGUGUGGACUCCAUUGGAAAGGGAAAUAUUUUUAAAAUUAUCGGCUUAACUCAAACACGGAAGUCUAGCAACGAGCGAGGCCUAUGCAUGGGAGUCUUAAAAGUGAGUAGGACCACUACUGACCUGAAGCAUACAGAGAAAUACGCCAGAGCACGACAGACAAGCCGCUGUCUCCCCUUUCUUCCCAGCCUUGCAGGCUGCGUUCCCCCUGGGCUCUGAUCAUCUCCCCUCAGCAGUGUUUUAUUGUGCUGACCAACUCAGACCAGUGGGACUGGACAGGAGACCCAGAGGUUCCUGCCGCUGGAGCUCUAAGCUGUGCCUGGCAAUGCCUCAGCCCAGCGUCAGUGGGAUGGAGCCUCCCUUUGGGGACGACUUUCAGAACUACUCGUUUGCUGACCAGGCCCUAACCAGCACUGAGCUGCUGGCCACCAGCUCUGACCCAGAUUUCAUGUAUGAGCUGGACACAGACAUGAGCCACCAGCAGAGUCCCUGCGGGGACAGCGUCGUGGGGGUCGGAGACGGAGGCAAAGAGGUGGAGGGAGGCGUGGAUCAGCUGAUGGGCCUGGGUGAGUGUGAGACGGUCCACAGCAGCUCAGCGUUCGAACAGUGGGACUCGUACUGGGAAGACCUCACCAGAUACACACGGCUGGCCAGCUGUGAUAUCUGGGGAACCAAAGAAGUGGACUUUCUUGGACUGGAUGACUUCUCCAGUCCCUACCAGGAUGAGGAGGUGAUCAGUCGGACCCCGACCCUGGCUCAGCUCAACAGCGAGGACUCACUGCCCGUCUGUGAGGCUCUCUACCCUCCUGUCGACCUGACGCUUCCUUGCUCCCAGCUCCCAUCCCAAACCCUCCCCUCUCAAAACAAGAGACUCCAGGGUCUGGGCGUCAGCUCGGUGCGGUCGUCUCCGUGCUCCACAUCCUCUUCCCAAUCCCGGCCUUCCAGAAGCCUUUUUGCAGACUUUCCUGAAAGCUCCCAAAAAGCAACCAGACCUGUUGCUUCCAGCACCGAGACCAUGGCUAAAACCCAGAACCAACUCGGUCUCACCCAGGACCACAUCCAGGCUCAACCCAAGCCUCCAGGUCGAGGGGCUAAGAUGGCCGCUCCGACGUCUCACAGCGCCGACUUUGUUCGGAAAGCUAAAGUUCGCGUCAGUUCUGGACCCAGACCUCAAGGCGAGGAGAUGCCCCAGACGGAUUUUGAGAGGUCAGAUCCGCCGCUGCCUCUCUCCCAGCCUCAAGACGAGAAACCCUCCACUUCAGCAAGUGCUACAGUGGGUCAUGCCACCCCGCAACCCAGCGGCUCAGCUAGCCUGGAGGGCUUUGAGUUGAAGGUGGAGGGGGCGACGCGGCGGGAGGGACCUGUCAGCAGGUCCGCUGCUGUUCCCCAGCUGGUAGAGGUGAAGCAGACCGUGUGCAGCACGUCCGACGCAGUGGCAGGGGCGUGCAGCGCAGGUGGCGGCGGGGUUUUGGUUGAAGACCCAGAGCAGAGCAAGGAGGAAGAACACAACUACUCUCUGUUCCUGACCCGCAGCCAAGCUCUGUCGCAGCUGGAGGAAGAUGAUGAGGAGGAGGAAGACGAUGAGGAGCCAGAGGAGGACGAGGGCGAUGGGCUGGACUUGGACGAUGAAGACCACGAUGAAGGUUUCGGCAGUGAGCAUGAGCUCUCUGAGAAUGAGGAGGAAGAGGAAGAGGAGGAGGAUGAAGACUACGAAGCAGACAAGGAUGACGACAUGAGCGAUGCCUUCUCUGAGCCAGGCUGUGACAUGGAGCUGAUGGACGACAUAAAAGGCCUGGCAGCUGGGGUCUCCAACCGGAAAAGAGGGAAGCGCCGCUACUUCUGGGAGUACAGCGAGCAGCUCACCCCCUCCAAGCAGGAGCGGAUGCUGAAGCCCUCUGAGUGGGACAGACACACGCUGCCGAGCAACAUGUACCAGAAGAACGGGCCUCUCCAUGGAAAAUACAUGCUAAAGAAAUCGCGGCGCACAGACGUGGAAGACCUGACUCCCAAUCCUCGCAAGCUGCUGCAGAUCGGCACAGAGCUCCGCAAGCUGAACAAGGUGAUCAGCGACCUCACUCCCGUCAGCGAGCUGCCGCUGACCGCACGGCCGCGCUCUCGCAAGGAGAAGAACAAGCUGGCGUCCAGGGCUUGCCGUUUAAAAAAGAAAGCUCAAUAUGAAGCAAACAAAGUGAAGCUUUGGGGACUCAGUACAGAAUAUGAUCGGCUACUGUUUGUGAUCAACGCCAUCAAGGAGGAGAUAAUGCUGCGAGUGGAGGACUCGUCUCCACGCCCAACCAACAUGACAGAGACUCUGGAGCGGCUCAUCGAGGAAACGCUUGUGCCGUCGCCGGUUGCUGGGCAGACUUCAGACUUUGUCAACAAGAUUUUGGAAAAUACGGGACGCGGUGACCCAACAGGAGGACUGGUCGGUUUGCGAGUCCCCACCUCCAAAAUGUAGACAAACCCUCCGUCCACUGAGAAGAGUGGACUCCAUAUUACCACCGUGCUGUCCGUUGUAACUAUUCUCCCCUCUGCAUGCCCCUCCAGCUCAGAGUAAACACUCAUCGCCAGUCACUCAAACACACACACCACCUCCCCGUACGUGUGCUUGUCUUUGCCGUGCAGCUGUAAGACACAAACCUUAGCUUUUCCGUCUCUGCACGCCACGCGCAGCGUCAGUACAUCGCUGUCUCCCCAACCAUGGUGGCCGGCUGUUGGGAGGAGCACUUUGAAAAGCAGGUGAUGGUGUGUCUGGAGCAGCACGUUCUUAAAUCCACUGGUGAUUGUUAGAUGAGCGUAACGCCGCCUGCUGCAGGCUUUAGGGACUGAGACUGGAGCUCAAAUGAGCAUAACCACUGGAAGACUUUGUUUGAGGUGGUAAUAAAGACAGAGGAAAUCUUGUUACAUGCCAGAAACAAUCACAGAUUGAUGAAGCAUAAGUUAUCAUUUAUACAUGGAGCUUUAUCCCAAAAAGCAAAAAAAGAGAGAGAAAAAAAAACAAGAAGAAAAGAAGUUCCAGGAUGUUAAAUUGACCCCUUCACUGAAGCACUUUUAUAAAAAUGGCUCUGGUAGCCCAGAAAGCUGCAGAGGAGAAAAAAGCAGGGUGGCAGGAAAUAUUUAGUACUGAAGGCCUAAAUAAAUUUAUGCCAUCCCCUGUUUGCCAAUCAACUCAACUGCUUGCAAAAACAAGUUUAGCAUAUUAGCGCAAGAUAUGAAACAGAAAAAAAAAUGCAGUAGAAGAUUCAAGCGAUCACACAUCCUGCUGGUUUCGACAUGUAACCUUAAUCAACAGGAUGUGGCUCACAACCUGAAUUGGAAAUGCAUGUAGCAUGGUGCUUUUUUGGGGCUUUCUGGUGGUUAUAACUGGACUGGGAAACGAUGAUGAGGAUGGUGAUGAAGAUGACAUAAACAGCAAUCCAUCUCCUCCAGGAAACUGUAUAUAGAAGUGUCUCCCAGGCAUCAGCUCCUCCCUUUUUUGUACAGUAAAGUUGACCAGGCAGUGUGGUGGUGACAGUUUGAUGUGUUCAUACUAGUGUUUGAUCAGAGUUCUAUUCAUUGUGCCUUGUAUAUGUAUGUGUGUGUCUCUUUAAGUCUGAAUGAGUGCGUUAGAGACGGACUCGAGCUCCAGCUUUGGAGAGAAGGUUGUUAGGGAACGAGAGGAUGGACACAAGUUGUUUAAAGAUAUUCUGAAUGUACAUAAACAAAUGGAAGCUCUUGUUGCGUGAUGCCACAGAGUCUGUGUAUAUAGGAGGGCUCUGCAAUAGAUUCCUUUCGGUUUUUGGUACUCUUGUCUUUAGGGUCCUGGGAGGGGCGGGAUGGGGCGGGUUAACAGAUAUUUUUCCUUUAGGGUUACAACAAAUAUUUGCACACUAUAUUUUGAUUGUUUUUUGUACCAAAGACACAUGCAACGAAAAUGGCGACCAGCCAGUUAAAGUAAGGUUUUGCACAGCUUACCUGACGCCGUAUUGAAUGUAAGAAAUGUGGGAGGGUCAGGGAACUUCAUAGAACUGUGAAAUUAGUUUGGGUCCAAUUCUGUACAGAAAAGGAACAUUAAUUUGUGUCCCUUGCAAUGUGGGCUUAUUCCUGUAGAUUUGUUGCUUAGGAACCACUUCAUUCCUGAACUGAUUCCUCCCUGCACAUGCUAAGUGUGUUAAUGGCGCUAGUUAGAAAACAAAAACAAACAAACAAAUAAAAAAAAAUAAAAAAAACAAGCGCUCACCUAGUAGAUAAGCUAAGUUACUUUUUUUUUUUUUGCUUGUCCAGAUGUUCCCUGAAAUAACCAAAAUAUUCCUGUGUCACUUGUUUGGUUUCUGUAUGUAGUCAAGGUCUAGUUCACAAGCAGAAUAUUAUCUGAGUUGUGUUUUAAAGUACUGUAUAUAGAAGCAUUAAUGCUACAUCUAUGAGUUAUGAAAUGCCACUUUUCAUGACAAUGAUUUGUUUUCAAGCAUGUCACAUUUCUGCAUUUAAAAAGCUAGAGAAAAAAAUAAACAAAAAACAGUAUAUUUUUGUAUUUAAGCUGCUUCUUAGACUUGCUUUUUGGUUUUUAGGUAUUCAUAGGUCAGAGAAUUAGUUAUGGAGAAAAAGAAGAGAGGCUGAUCGAAUAAUCUUCUUUACUAAGACUGUGUAAAAGAGAACGAGGACUGGAUAAUUUCAGACACAAUGUGGCAUAAAGUCCCUGUCAUUAGAGCGGUCUGCAGGAAGAUGGAGGACAGACUGUAUUUGUCUUGUGGCUCAAAAUGAUGCUUCACACUGACCUGGAAUCAGCAGCUUUUACAUUUUAGUAGAGACGCACAAAUAAAAGAUUUGUGACUGAUUUUCAUCCAAACCUCUACCUGCUGAUAUGGAUUUCUAAUUGAGAUUUCUAAUUAGUUUUUAGGAAAUCUAAAAACUAAUUAGAUUAGUUUUUAGCAGCAUUCAAAACAUUUUAUGGCCUUAUAAGAGUAAUAAUCUUACACUGUGUGUGAGAAAGGAGUCACUAUUUUAGAACAAAGACAAAAUGAUGACGAGAUUGACAUUUUCCACUCGUAUAAUAGCAGUUAGCAUUACUAAAUUUGAGCAGCAGCCUUUGUGUCUUUCCACUAGAACAUCUGGAUCUUUACCUUAUAUCUGAUAUACUCCAAACAUUUCCAUAUAUCAUAUGGACAUAUCCAACAUGUUUCAUGAUGGAGAAGUUGGAAGCUCACAAACAAAGAGUGAAGCUUUGCAGUACUCCAAAGAGCCUUCCUGGUAUCUACUAAAAUGUGCUCUAUGCUAAUUUGCCACUUCAAUGAGACACAAAACUCCCGAAAAUGCAACAUGACAACGCCUAACUCUCUGAAUGAACAGCCAACAUUCCUCUGUAGAAAAUCCUUUAUUCUUUAAUAGCUCAGUCAUUUGAAAAUAGACAACUUUGAGGCUUCUUCACUCGGUAAGAACUUCCCCACUGAUGAGUGUUAUAGUUAUGGUGCAUUCACUGACAGGAAUAAAAAGUGUGUUUUCCUCACGCUAAGCUCAGUCGGUUUAAAAAUCAGGUUAAUUCUGGUUUCUUUGUGCUUCUAAACUUUAGUUUCAGAAUCAAUCAUUAAAUUACGAGACGUUUGCAUUCCUGGGAUUGUUCCCUUUAGAGCUGCAUUGUUGACCUGAAUGCCUCACCUUGCCUUCAUUCUUCUAGCCUUACUGCAUCAAAAUUAGCUACUUACCAGUACAUAUAACACUGCUUAUUCCAUACCAUUUGUUCUCAAUUGUGUAAAUAUUUCAAAGUUGUAUUUCCACCUGUUUCACCUAAGAACUAAUUCUCCUGAAAUUAACUAUAAUCAAAUUUUAGGACUUAAAAUAAAUUCAUGACUGAGUUUUUUUGAUUCCAGGGCAGUGUGAAGAUCAAAAGUUAUUUCCAGACCGUUUUCUAAUGACUGUGAGCGUUCCUUUGUGUGUAUUUCAUGAUUGGGUAAUAGCUAAUUUCCUUUUCUGUCUAAAAAGGGAGAAAUGGUGCUUCUUUUCUGAAACUAGAAUGAUAAGUUUCCAAUAUUUACAUUUGACUUGUUUGACUAGUUGUAGCCUAAUGACUUGCUCUCCCCUUUCCGUCCAUAGUUAUUUUCUUAGUAGUUAUAUAUUUUGUAAAUAAGCUAUGAGUUAAUAUGUAUCUUCUAAAUGUUAGUUAUAUGUGUAGAUUAUGUUAUAUGUUUAAAAAGACAACAGCACUUUGUCCAAAAAAAUGAAAAAACAAACAAAAAGAAAUAUUUUUUUUCUUCCAUUUGCUGCUAAACGGCCUCGUGUGAAUGCUGCAAGUGUACUUGAUGACUACUUGCUCAGAUAAGUCUAUUACCUGACACGGCUAGGUCUCUGAACUAGCAAGUAAUAUACGCGUGUGGCCUGACAGGGGUUAGAUCUACAAAUUUUCUUGAGCCAUGAAAUGAUAUGAGGUGUUCAGAGAGAGGAAGAAAGUAUCAUUGCUUGGCUUUCGGGAAGUGCAGUGUCUUGACAGGAUCGGUCUAUUUCCUGGUCAGGGUGUUAUGGUAUGUUUGUGGUCUUAAACAAAACAAAACGAAAAAAAAAGAGGGUUUUGAUUCCAGGGCCCCUAUGUUUGAUUCUGAUGCUGACCCCCUUGGCGUCAUGAUUCAUUUGCCUUCAGUAGAGGUUUCCUAUGGAAAAUCUGAUUCUGCUUUGGCUUCCUCUUCAGGGCGAUGUACAGUGUAGACACAUUUCUUCAGAGAGCUAUAUUGUUAUCAUUUGUAAACGGAUUUCUACUUGUGACUUAAAGAGGAGGGGGUUUAGCCUUGGGCGGCCGGGAAGAGCUCGCUCCAAAGCUGUUUUUCCGGGCCGCCUUAGGGGAUAUUACUAUAUCACUGUACUGUAUGGCAAGCCAAUUACAAGUGGAGUCUCAAUCCGGACACUUAUUGCCUUCUGAAAUAACUUCACACAAACAAAAAUAAAACAUGGCAGACAUGUUUGUAGCUAAAGGAACAUGCCUGGGGUUUAUAACAUUGUUCUGCCAGUCUGGUAAACAACAGCAACAAAACCAUUCAGCCUGAUUGGCUCUAAACAACCCUGACUGAAGUAGCAGACUUGGCGAUCCAUAACUGAAAAUUGACUUCAGAAGUCUGAACUUCUUGACUCGUGUGUCUUUUGUGACAGUAUUCAAAGCCUUUUUUCAGCUAUGAUCUGAUGCCAGGUCUGUCAGGGGGUCAACAGUGGUUAAAGGGCCGCUGGUUGACGGCCGGCGGACAUUAGAGGUGCGCAUGUUGUGCUGUCGAUCACGAGGCUGUAGUUUUAAGAGAGUCCUCACAGGUUUUUACAUUUAACAUGAUAGGCGCAAGCUGUGCAACUUUACAUUCGAACCAAGAGACUCUGUGGCAUUUUAAUAGUCAAGGAAAUGAGUGAGAAUCCACGCCAGUAAAACUAUUCCUUAUUCUUUUUAGUUUAAAAAGAAAAACCUAUACCGUAACUAUUAAGCUAAUAGAGUGUGUAACUUUGUGCUACUCUUGUUCAAUAAAAGCUUCGUGGAAACCAUAAAGCUCUUCUUCAGCAAAUCAGGGUAAUACUGUUCUUCUAUCUGACAUGUGAUGACGUAUAAAAUCGCAAGAAAAAUAUAUUUAUGUAUUCCAGUUAUUGUCGCCAUUCUUUAUUCUGUACAAAAAAUAUAUUGUCUGUCUGUGUGUUCUGAAUUAUCAAUGUCAAUCACUAUGGUGCAAUGCUCUGUACACAAAGUCAAAACAAAGGCCAACAGACUUUGACACAAAAAUUUAAAACAAAAAAAAAUUUUGAAUCUGCAACAUGUUCCCUUCAUGAAGGAUUUGACUCUGAUGUCCAGCUGUGAUCCAACUGGGGUUUGUCACAUGGUGCUGAUAAUGUUUGGUCAUCCAAGAAGUGCUGCCCCCUGUCCCCCAACUCCAAUUGUUUCCAUUAGUUUUAAGUGUAAAUGGUGGGAUUUUGCUGUUGGACCAGUAAGAAGAAGCUUCACAUGGGUUCUUUCUCUGAACAGCAGGAGUUGGGAGUUUCUGUUAUUGACUAGUGGUAUAAAUGUUGCUCAGCAUAGCAUGACUUCUUUUGUAAAAGCCAGUUUCUUGGGCUUGACAAAACUAGCCAUAAUGAAAUUAAAAAAAAUAAUGUAUAUUAUUUCAGUGAUAUACAUUAUCAGAUCAUAUAAUAUAAUUUCAGAGAAGUUUCCAUCUGUUUCACAUUAUAAACUGAUUGAUUGUUCAGUUAGAUUAUUAAUAGCAUUCCAGAUGAAGGAUUAGAUUUCAUAAAAAUCCUUUCAGGGUACAGUUUUAGCAGUAUGCUAAUUUAUAUUAAUAAGUUGGACUUGAUAGUUAUAGUAAAUAUAGUAUAAUUGAAUUUUUUCACAAGCUAGAUAAACACAUGGAUUGGAGGAGUUGAGAUAACGUUUUAAAAUACGUAAUUUGAUGUCCUGUGUUUGUAGGAAUCUCUUAAAGUUUAUUAAUCCAUUACUGCUGAUUCCAGGUGGUUAAAGGAUAACAUAAGUUGGAAAUAAUGAGGAUAAAAUAAGUCUUGGCACCAAAUUAUCUAAACAAAACAAAAUAAACAGACAAAAAACAAUCUAAAAUUAAAACUUUAGAUUCAUUGAAACUUUGAAUUUUAAAACAAUUUAAAGAUUAUGUUUUACACAACCUGGCAACAUGCUAGCUUGUUUGCUCUGAGUUUAGAUCCAUGCUAGCUUAAAAUGUGGCAACAAAUGUCAUCUAAUGAAAACAUUGUUUUUAUUUCUGCUGUUUCAUUUAAUAAAAUCGUAGUAGUCUUUAAUAUCUUCAAGCUUAUAGGAAGUAAAAACUACAUCUAAUGUCUGACAAACUGUAAUAAAUGAUUCAUUUAAUAAAAUGGUUUGUUUACAACUUGCUUCAGUGACAAAAAAGUAUCUGUGUUAUUUUAAUGGUAAAAAUAAGGAAAUAAAGUUGAGAGUAACAUUUGAUGAUCUGCCAAGUCCCAUAAAUCGUUCCAAAAUUCUCAGUUCUCUCAUGCAAUAUUUAUUUAAAAACUUAAUAAGAACGCUUUUACUAGCAUUUGUAUUUUUUUUCCAACAUAUAAUGCAAUUAGCGUUUUUUAUUGUAGCUAGGAACAACUUACUCUACUAAUCCCAACUUGUGCUGUCUGAAGGAAAGCAGCAAAGAACUUUUAAUGAAAAUAAUGCCUAAAAAGCUGUUUGCAAAAGCAGUUUCAGUUGAUAGUCAGUGUUGUUUUUACAGCUUGUUGUGUUUUCUCUUUUUAUUCCUUAACUUGCUAUUGUUAAGGCAAAACUAUUGUUUUUUUCCCUGGAAACUUCUUAGUGUGGCAUCGAUAAAGUAAGUAUUCUUCAAAUUGUUUAUAUAAUGGGUUAUUUCGACUCCCAUCUGUUGGCUGUUUUAUCAUGACCCAAAAGUCUGGCUUCCAGUUUUGUUUGUAUCAUUUCACAUAUAUUCUGUUUUGUUUCAACUUAAAACCCUAUUUUUGUAAAAUCGCCUCACAUUUUGAGGUCGUUUCACUUACGUUCCCUUUUGUUCUUCCCAAAAUGAGAAGCAGCAAGUCUUGUGUGUUUGCAGGGUAACUUCUUGCAUUAAGCUGAGAAAAUUUGGUGCAUUUUCAUUCCCUUGCAGAAUGGGGAAAUAAUUUGGACAUAAGAAAUUGAUUUCAUUGUCACAAAGUUGUUGCAUGGCUUUUUGGGGCUCUCUGUACUCUCAGUGAUUUGAUUUUGUACUUGCUGCUAUUGAAUGAGCACAAAGAGGCUUGAGGAUGUUUAUGACAGAUUUCCAGUAUAUUUACCCUACAUACUCCUCCUUGUUUUCUUUUUUUUCUUAGAUAUUUUUCCUGUGAUAGUCAAAAGACCAAAAGCAUUACUCACCUUGCCCUUGGUUUUUACAUUUACAGAGAAAAGACAAUAUUUUGAAUUAUGAUGCCUGCUGAACCAGGUGCCUUAAUCAAAUAUACAAAAACACAAAUCAGCACCUUCUUUCAGUCUGGAGGGGAUUUCCCCACAGAAACAAUGGACUGGGUUUUUCAAAACUUAAACUUGAAAUACAAAAAUAAACUGAAAACCUUGCUCUAUAAGAUCCACACAUUUUACAAUGUAAUCAACCGUUAGCAGCAGAUUUAAACAGGUUCUCUUUCCCAAAUGCUGCAUCAUUUCCGACGGUAUUUCCCUUUAGUAUUAUAGAGGAACCCGAUGUUGCUUUGGGAAACCCGGUUCUAUUUUUUGAAUCUCUUUCUCUGCCCACUACGCCACAAUAUCGUACGUUGUAUUGGCUGCUGCUGCUGCUAUCACCGCUGGUGUGUUUGUGUAGAGAAGAGCAAACUUCCACUGUGUCAGUGACAGAGGGAGACUCUGGGCCUGCUUUUUACCUGGUCAAUAUCAAUGCAUUCUUCUUCUUCUGAGGUUUUGACAUGGUGCACUGUGUUGCUGCCUCUUGAGACCUUUAUGUGAGAGUAAAAAAGAAAUAAAACCAAUAAAAAAAGAACACUUUCCAUUUUUUUAACUUUGCUAUAAUGAAGUGCCAGACCCCUCCGUGAAGUCAGUGUUGGCACUGAAUCGCAGGUUGCGGAUGAAGCGACAAACUGAGCAUGGGGGUAAACUGUGGUGCUAUACUCUGUCCCUGGCUGGGUGCUACAGUAACAUGGCUGUGUUGAAUUUUAGCCAUAUUAUUCCUUUUGUUGAUGACUCCGGUCAGUCUGGUGUUUCUGACUGCUGUACGCUGACAUAGCGAGGUAUAACUCCUCCGCUGCUGCUUUGCUGAUGAAUGUAGACUCGUCUUCCUCAGCAGGAUCACACAGACAGAUGAAAGAGUGUCUGGAGAUUUUAUUUCAUUCUUGUUUGUAUUUGUUUGGAAGCUCAAAGGGAGACUGGUCAUUAUGAUAGAGAAAGAUCUCGAAUGUUAUGUUUUAUGUGGCCACUCUUGCUCAUAUGUUUAAAUCUUCCUAUCGUUAAUGUUAUAGUUUGAUAUUUAUGCUAACUCUGUCAAAUGUUUAUAUUGUUUUAAAUUAUAUUUUAUAUUUUCCCCUACUCCUAGUGUUUAUAAUAUGUGAUAUUUAUUUGUGAAGGCCUGUAAUUUAAAAUGAAAUGAGACAAAUAAGAUUAAAUUUAGAUUUUAAGGUAUUUCCACUGAGGAUAGAAAGUCAGACAAGUGUCUUGAGAUUCACAGGUACAAAUCACAACGAAACCACAAUGACUUCUCAAACUUAAUCUCUCAUUUCUGGGAAAUUAGUGUCAAAAAUUCAAUAAAUCAGCAAUCGAUUAGGCAUUUUCCAAUCUACACCAAUUCUUUUUUUUUCUUUUUUUUCUAUUUUGAUAACCUCUGCUAUAACACAGAGCAUAUUUUCUGGUAAGGAUAAUCACAUUUAUGCUUUAGACAAUAUUUUUAUGUUUUUAUACCAAACUCUUCCAAAAGUGCAUCUGUGAUUGAUGUGUGUUUCAGACCAAAAUCUGCUGCAUUCAGCUUUCUAAUGCUUUAAUGAAUAGAAAAUAUCUAAAGAUUCAGAAGCUGACCUGCCGAUCAUGGGAAAGAUGAUGGCUUCAUAUCUAUAAUCAAUUAGGAUUUGUUCUUUCAGGUAGUAGACAUGUUCUUAUUUCACAAAGCUGAAAAAUAACCAUUCCCAAAAAUCAAUUUCAACAAGUUCAUAAUUUAAAAUGCAAAAAUGUGUAAAAAAAAAAAUUUUAGAAAAUAAUAUUCAACUAAAGGUGAGUUUUGAUUAUUGUUAUGAUUAUUUAUCUCUACUAUUGAUAUUUUUAACGACUGAGUUAAAUAAAUUGAGAUGCUAUAGUUAAGUCCAUGUCUGCAAAAUAGUUUUUCACAUACAGAUUGUGUAAGGGACAAAUUGCAAACAGCCUAAACAAAUAAGUAAAUCUUUAACCUUGAAUAACUCGUUUGUAAUCUCUUUUACUGAUCAGAGUGAAAAUAUGCAAACAAUCAAUUUGAUCGCUUAUUAUUCAGACUCAUAUUGAGAUCCCGACCACCAUUUUGUAAUCAAAGUAUUAAAUUCCUCAAACCAGAUUUCCUUGCAAACUACCGUGAGGAUAUUUUUUAUUUCUUUGCACUUUCAAAAGACUUGAAUGACUGAAAUAAAUCUAUUCAAGUUAAAGAGUUAAAUAGCUUUAAUAUAUAAAGAAGCACCUUUUGACCCUCAGUUUAAACGUAGUGAUAUACCAGUGUACUUUAUUUACAAAUAAUAUGCAAGUUUCCCUGAAUAAUAUCUCAUUGAGUGGUGAGAAAUUUCUGCCUGUGGAACUCAUUAAUUGUUGUUAAAGGUUCGAUGUGGUUCAAAGCUAAAUCAACUUUUAGCGCUCACCUUAGAAGAUGGCUCAUUGGCCGUUAAAAGAACUUCAGUGGAAAUGUUGAGAUUUUUACCACGUUCCCUGUUGUUUUUUGUUUUAUUUAAAUUAUUUCUUAAGCUCUAUUUACUUUCUUUUUAAGAAGGGCUUGAUUUGCAGUGUCUUGUCUCGUAGCCCCGGAGAUUAGGACGGGGCCACUAAAGGCUGGUGGGCAGAGACCCCUCACCUUCCCCUGUAGUGAAUAAAUACGGGAGGGGUUCAUCUCCUCUUCUGCAGACUGAUUUUACUAAAGCAAAAAACUACCCAUCUUUGACAAUAAAACAAAACUAUCUACUUUUACACUCGUCAAUCUUACAAACCAACACUGCAGUGAUUUACAUCUCCUUCCAGACUUGCCAAAACACACGAGAGACGUUCAACAAAAAGAAAAAUGCUUCUCCUAAAGUAAAGCAUCUGUUCUGUUUAUUUUCUUCUGUUUCUAAGAACAAGAGCAGACAGUACGUCAAUUUUUAGUAGGAAAUCCAUACAAGCCCAAACAUUUGGAGAGGAUGUGGAAGGUAUCAGCCAUCCUGAGCUCCACAUGCCAUUGUUAUGAUGCUUCUGGUCUUGUAUGGUAACUUAUUCUACUAGAUCAACCGCAUGGGAUCUUUCUGUAGUUAGUCCUGUGUGUGUUCCUCUCCCCAGUUUCAGUAGGAAGGCUGUACUUCAUUGCCAAGUGCUCUGUAAUAGAUCUCUUGGUGAUUCUAAUUUGGUAAAGAAGCAAAACCUGCAGAACGUGUAUCCUGCUGAAACUAACUUGAUCCUCUCUUUAGCAAUGACGUCUAUAUUUGUAGUUCACAUAUAUGCCUGUUUAAAUACAAUAUCUUGAGAUGUGUUAUAUUUAUGUUAUAUAAUAAAUGUUGUGCUGGGUUUAUACUUUUGGUUUAACUUUUUUCUUUUACAUUGUACUUUUUGGAGGCACAGUUGGUGGCUUUAUGCACAGGCAUGGAAAUGUAAGACUUUUUUUUUUUUUUUUUCUCGGUUUGUACUGUAAUGGCCCAUUCUGUUUCAGCUUUCGACAGUUUUUGUCGGACUCCUGCCCUGAAUCUCUGUUGUGUUCUUGUGCCUCUUUUUUUUUUUUUCUAACUUUGUGUUAAAUCAUUCUUUCUUUUCUGUCAUGUAUCAGCCGGGUGUUGGUACUGCAGCUCUGCUUGUAACCACAUUAGUCUGAUUAUGUUUAUUGAUUUUAAUAUCAAAACAAUAAAAACCAUUAG